AUGGGCACAUCAGUAGCCAUUGUUAUCGAUCCCUGUGGCUACUACGCCGCCACCGCCGACGCCGACGCCGACGCCGCCAUGUUCAGAGCUGGCCUGAAGCCGACCACCAGCAGGUGCAGGUGCACCCACAGCCACGGGGCUCCAGAUCAUGCACCCCCCUUCACUCCGCCAAAUGCCAUCAAGGUACCACCAUCUCCUGGGUUGAAGAAGCAGGCCCUCAUACAGGAAAUGUCGCAGGCUCUGAAGUCAGUCUCUUCAAAUGUCCUUGAGCGAUUCAUUGACAGAGCUUACACAUUCUCUGAGGAUCCUUCUCUGAAUGAGUACUUUCUCAAUCCACUGAUAGUGUCAAAGGUACUUUUAAUAAUGGAAAAUGCAAAUGUCUAUGGGCAAACUUUCCCAGCUCAUGAUGUUACUGAACUCAUAUUACCACAAUUAGACAAAAACGCAGUUUUACUCAACGAUCUUGACGGAGAGGUCCCAGGAGAUUUUCCUGAGGGUGUCUACAUCAGAAAUGGUGACCUCCAGUUCUUAACUCAUGUAAAAUACAGUCCCAACCCUCUCAACCCAACACAGACAAUCGCAGAUUCCAUAUUUGGUUCAACAUCAUAUAUGUAUUAUGAAGGUCAUGGAAUGUUACAUGCUGUGUACCUUAACAAGAGCAGUCUAGGAGAAUGGAAGAUAUCGUACAGGAACAAGUACGUGAACUCAGACACCUUUCAGUUGGAGACAAAAAAGAAUGAUGUCGCUUUUGUGCCAUCUGCUGAUGGACAACCAUAUGCAACACUAGCCGUAUUUCUUCUUAAUAUUUUGAGAUUUGGAAAGGCUGUGAAGGAUAGCGCAAAUACUAGCAUAUUUGAGCACGCUGGACGAGCUUUUGCUGUCUCGGAGCACCAUCUGCCUUACGAAAUCAACAUCAAUAAUCUUGACACACUAGGACCUUAUAGCAUCAAUGGAGCUUGGAACCAACCUUUCACUAGUCAUCCGAAGAAAAUUCAUGGGAGUGGAGAACUGGUGAUAAUGGGGACAAAUAGUGAAAAGCCUCACUAUGUGCUUGGAGUAAUUUCAUAUAAGUUGGGAAAUGUACAAUAUUAUAAUGGACUAUCCUCUCAGAUUCGGCAUAUCCAGGACAUUCGUAUAAAAGCCGUGAGUGAACACCUCAUAUUUAUUGAAAAUGAUAUGAAUGGAAAAUCACGUAUCAGGGUAAUGCCUCGUUUUGGUGAUGCUGAGUCUAUCAUAUGGUUUGAUGUCGAGAACCACUGCAGUUACCAUUUAUUUAACUGCUUUGAGGAUGGAAAUGAGGUUGUUAUCAGAGGCUGUCGACUACUUGGUUCUAUUAUCCCUAGUGGAUGCCAUAGAGUUGACAAAUCGAAAUGGUAUGGAAGGGCAUUUCUCCAACCAGAUAAGGAUUCAGAAGAUUUUGAUCCUUCACUAGAUGGCACUCUCUUUUCUCGCCCAUAUGAGUGGAGAUUAAAUUUGGAAAAUGGCAGUGUACAUGAAGGUUAUAUUACCAGUGAGAAAGUUGCAAUGGAUUUCCCUGUCAUUAAUGACAAAUUUAUAGGUAUUCAAAACAAGUAUGGAUAUGCUCAAGUUGCUGACUCAUUAGCAACCAGUAAAACAGGCUUGUUUAAGUUCAAAAUGAUAGCAAAGCUACACUUCGACAUGCCAAAUAAGGUUUAUAUUAUCGAUGCCAAGAGAUUUUCAGAGGAGCCAGUAGCAAAAAUUACUUUGCCUCAGAGAGUUCCAUAUGGUUUCCAUGGGAACUUUUUCUACACAACAACAUUGGAUAAUGCUGAGGAAUACAGCAAUAUGCCCAAUGGUGAUAUCUGA